AUGAAGGACAAUGUCAAUGGCGGCACAAAGCUAAUUCUGCUUCAUCCCUACAUCCAAAAACAAGGAAGUUCCAACCGUCUAUGGCUUCUAGCUUUCAUUUCAUUCUUCACUCUAGCAUUCCUUCUCACCCUCAUCUAUACUAGAGAAUCCAUCACCACAACCACCCACGCAGCUGCCUCGGCCGCCAUGGCCUCCGGCAAUCCUCCAAUAUCAAAAACUAUCGUUAAAGCCCUUGUCCACUACGCUUCAAACUCUAACGACACCAAUCACAUGUCACAGACAGAGAUCAAACAAAUCUCCGAGGUCCUCCGGCAAUGCUCAUCUCCCUGUAACUUCCUUGUUUUCGGCCUUACACCCGAAACCCUUCUCUGGAAAGCCCUCAACGACAAUGGCCGUACUGUUUUCAUCGACGAAAACCGGUAUUACGCAGCGUAUGUGGAGGAAAAAUACCCAGAAAUUGAAGCCUAUGAUGUUCAGUACACAACCAAAAUGAGUGAAAUGAAGGAAGUUAUUGCAACAGUGAGAGAACAAGUGCGCAAUGAGUGCAGGCCAGUGCAGAACCUAUUGUUUUCCGAGUGUAAGCUUGGGCUUAAUGACCUUCCAAACCAAUUCUAUGAUGUGGAUUGGGAUGUUAUAUUGGUGGAUGGACCAAGAGGGCACUGGCCAGAUGCCCCCGGACGGAUGUCAGCGAUUUUCACAGCCGGCGUGCUGGCGAGGAGCAAGAAGGGCGGUAACCCUAAAACACAUGUUUUUGUGCAUGAUAUUAAUAUGGAGGCAGAGAGAGUUUCUAGUGAGGAAUUCUUAUGCAAAGAGAAUUUGGUGAAGUCUAAAGAUUUUCUUGGGCAUUUUGUGGUGGAGAGAAUGGAUGUAAAUAGCUUUCAGUUCUGUCGCAACCAUUCAUUAGCGUCAACCUCAUCAUCCUAA